UGAUAACGAUUUAGAAAUUGUUAAUUUGAGUCUAAAGUGCUCGGCAAUCAGUAUGGCUGCAAUAAAAGACGAGAUUUUGGCGACGGUUUUCAAGCCCAACGGCGUUGGCUGCACGACUGUCGAUGGAAUUAUGUCAACAACAACCAAAGUGUUGACACGGACAGAACGAUUUCAGGAGCGUGUACGUCGACACAUUGAAGAUAAUUACAUAGAUUUUUUACCCAAUCACACCUCGCCGGAUCUCUUCCUUGAGGAGUCCGAUUCCCUAGAGCGGGAGAUUAAUGAACUGCUCGCCACGGUGGGACAAGAGGGUCAAAAUGCUUUGAGCGAAGCUAACACCAAGCUGACCACCUGUGGCUUAAAUUUGCGCGAAAUACUGCUGGGAUUACGCGUCAGUCAGCAUGUUCUGAAGAUAGACGAUCUUUUUCAGUGUGUGGAGGAAGCCAAGGCGACAAAGGACUAUCUGACAGUGCUCGACUUGGUCGGCAAACUCCGCAAUCUCAUUUAUUGCGAGGAUGGGGCGACGCCGCAAGGAGUGGAGCGCAUUUUCUACAAACUCGACUGUUACGACACCGUCAAGGUGAAAUAUCAUGUUCAAGUACAUCUGCUGCAACAGAAUCUGCAGGAGCGCUUUGAUCGGCUGGUCCAGCUGAAUUGCAAGUCCUUUCCAACAUCCCGCUGUGUCACACUGCAGUUGAGCAAAAAUUUGACACAGCUACAGGACAUUGUGCUGGCACUCUUCCAGCCCCACUACAAUCCCGCCAAGCUGUGCGAAUUCCUUUUUGAUAAUUGCAUAGAGCCGCUGAUCUUGAAGCCCGUUUCUGUGGAGUACGAUGAGAACGCUGAGGGCGGCACCUAUGUCCAGCUUUCGCUCUCCUACUCCACCAAGGAGAGCAGCUCUGGCCAGCUUCUGCGUCCCACCUACACGCAAGUCUUUGAACACUUCAAGCAGCUGCUUCAAACAUUGAGUAGCAUCAAUAUUAGCGUGUCCAGCACACAGCACGUCUUCAGUCUCAUCGGCGAUCACUUCAAGGAUCGCAUGCUGGAGCUGCUUGUGUCAGAGUGUUUGGUGCCGGCCGUGCCGGAAACCAUGGAGGACUACCAAACAUCGACAUUGCGCGAGGACGUCGUUCAGUUCGAACAGUUUUUAGCCGACACAUUUCUGAUCGAUCCCGAGAAGGAUAACGCCCUCACCAAGUUCACAGAGCAAUACGAGACUUUCUAUCGCAAUCGACUGUACAAACGUGUGCUCGAGAUGGCGCGCGAGAUAAUGCAACGGGACCUGCAAGACAUGACCCUUUUAGAAGAGCGCACUGUAGUCGGCGGCGUGACCGGCGAUCCGUUUCUAUUUCCCCGCUGCAUGGUGUCCAAAAGCACAAUGGAUUUUGUAAAGCUGAUGGAACGAAUUGUGCGCUCGCCAUCGAGAAAAGGCAUAAAUUCCGAUGUAAAAGAUGACACCGAAGUGCCAUCAAAUCCUCUCGCUGGCGCCAUAAGCGUAAUGCUCAACGCCUACGUUGUCGAGGUUCCCAAAAUACACAAAAAGCUGCUCGAAAGCAUUCCACAGCAAUCGGUGCUGCUCUACAAUAAUUGCUACUUCCUAGCCCAUUGGGUCAGCAACAAUGCCAAAAAAGGCAUCGAAUGCUUUGCGGCGCUUGUUAAGAUGCUUCACACAACGGGCAACAAAUACUUUAAAGUACAGGUUAACUAUCAGGAAUCCAUAUUGAUGGACAUAAUGAGUGGACUCGUUUUUGAGAAUCCACACACGCUGGGCACCACACCCCUUAAAUUGGUACGUCAAUGCCUGCGGCAGCUGGAGCUAUUGAAAAACGUGUGGCAGAAUGUCCUGCCUGAUAAUGUCUACAACAGCACGUUCUGUGAUUUGUUGCACACCUUUAUUAGCGAACUGGUGCGUCGCAUUUUCACGCUUCGGGAUAUAUCUGCGACCAUGGCCAGCGAGCUAAGCGAUCUAAUCGAUGUGGUGCUGGAGAAAGCGCCGCAACUCUUCAAAGAACAUCACGAAGUGGUUCAUGUACGCUCCUGGAUGAAAUUGCAGCAACUCAAGACUCUGAUGAAUGCCUCGCUUAAGGAAAUUACCGAGCUAUGGUGUGAUGGCGCCGGCCCCUUAACCGCCAGUUUCAAGGCGGACGAAAUAAAGCACCUUAUAAGGGCGCUCUUCCAGGACUCAGAUCGUCGCGCCAAGGCGAUAAAUCAAAUCAUUUAACUGCUCCAUCCACUAACCCGUCAGAUAAUAUACCAAACUAUGUUAAUACAAGGACCUAAAAAUUAAUUUAAUUAUAAAAAAAAAAAAACAGUAUGCGGCGUAAAUUAAAUAAUAAACAUAAUAAAUUGUAACAAGAACCGAAUGCUAAAAUGGAGCGAGCUUAACUCUUAAAUACGCUGUUCAAAGAAAUGAAAAAAAAUUGGUGCAUCCUAAA